AUGAAUACUAAAGUAAGUGGUGUUUGGUUAUUAAGACGUGAGCAUAAAUCCGGUCCUUCAAGAUCUGUCUGGACUUUUGUUUUGAUAAGUCUUCUGCUAAUGAGUAUAUAUCUAUCGUUACAAUUAUGGUUGCAAUUUUAUUCCUAUCCAAUAGUUAAUACGAUAUCUAACGAUUUGCUAAUAACAAACAUCCCGUUCCCGGGAGUUACCGCAUGCAGUCCAAAAGUGGUAAAUAGUGAACGAGCGAAUCGUUUUGCACCUACACUUAAAUUACCGAUCAACACUUCGCUGCAAGAAGUAGCCGAAGGUUUCGGCUUUCUUAAUUUGUUUACAGAUCAAACGUGGUUACCUCCUAACCAUACCUCGUAUAAGGUAACUGACGACGUCCUUCGUCUCAACAACAUUACCAUACUUGAAGCGGCCACUCAAGUCGGUGCUAGUUGCAAUGAUUUUGUUAAACAUUGCUUUUGGGGCAGUGAUGAGUUUCUCUGCCAUCAAAAUCACGAAUACCUAUCAUUUAUACCGACUACUUCCUAUUUGGGGCCUUGCUGCUCUUUCAACUAUAAUCCACGCAAUUUGUCUUAUAUUCCAUUUGCAGCUAAUACCUUUGGCAUUGAUAGCGGCCUUAGUUUUAUCGGCGUAGAAGGUUCAGAACGUAGUCUCUCUACGGGAUUGAUUAUUCACGUUCAUCAUCCUAUGGACUUUGCUACAGAGGCAGCUGCAUCCGUAACUAUAACCUCGAAUUCCGAAAGUUUCAUACAAAUAUUACCUACGGUGCAAAGCGCUUCGACGGAAGUUUUAAAAUUAGCCCACAACAAAAGAGAUUGCUUAACGUCUAAUGAUUUGGACUUGAGCAAUUACCGAAAGGCAGCUUGUUCGCUCUCCUGUGAACGAGAUUUUAUAAUUGAAAAGUGUCACUGCCAACCAUAUCAUUUGUUCAACGAAGAAACCAAUUACAGAGAAUGUAAACUCAAUGAUAGCUUAUGCUAUAUGGAAAACUACGAAGCUUUUAAAACGGUCCAAUGUAAAGAUUGCCUUCCAAAUUGUCAUGACGUCACCUACGCUACAUCAGCAUACAAUAUCCGUUUCCAAUCACCCGACUACUCAAUUAACUCUAUGUAUACCAAUAAAAAAAUUGAUUUCAAGGACGCAUUUACUGUGCACAUAUAUUUUGCAAGACAAACUGUUCCAGCUGUAUACAAAGUAAUAAUUACGUCCUGGUUUGGUUUAAUAUCUGAUUUGGGUGGCGUCUUCAACUUAUGCUUGGGACUUAGUAUGAUAUCAUUAAUAGAAUUCUUUUACUACAUUAUUUAUUGUUUUGGACUGAAUCUUAAAGCACGGCAAACAUUGAUUGAUCCGUAAAGAGAGGUUUUGUACAAAAAC